CAAUCUACUUCUGCAGAGAGAAGAGAGAUCCCACCAGAGCUCCAGUUACUGAGGACACAGUACAAUACGUGUUUUCAAAGUUCUGUCUAUCUACUCUACUUCUGUCUUUCUGGAUCAUCUGACUCUAAGCCUCUCCAACAUGCAGGACCGUCAACACUACUUCAUGAAAGCCUUCACAUGGUUCCUGGUGUUUCUGGUGCUCGGUCCGCAGGCGUCUGCCAGCCCUGUUCCGUCUGUGGAUGUCCCGCCCAGCUCUGGUCAUCUCCAGCCUGAAGGUCAGAGGGCACUGAAGCGGAUGGCUCGUAUGACCCCGUUGUGGAGGACCAUGGGUACUAAACCCUACGGGGCGUACUGUCUAAACAACUAUGAGUGCUCCACUGGGAUCUGCAGGGGUGGCCACUGCAUGUUCAGCCAACCCAUCAAGUCCUAGAAGAGAAGACGGAGGAACGCUCCCAACAUCAUUCCCAAUCUGUUCUCCAUGGACAUACCCUCCCUCUCCUCUACAUAGCCAAACAUGCAGACAUUAUGUGGCUUGACAUCUAUCUAUGCAAAACAACCUCUGUAUUCGUAAUGUAUAGCUGAAGUAUGAGAAGGGUUAACAUAUCUUAAAGGAAAGGUUAAGGUAUACCUAAAAUAUAUAUAUAUUCCUGAAGAUUUUGCUUAGGCAAAGGGGAUUGCUAUAUUUUACUCUAAUCUUUCUGACUUUACCAAAGUAAGCAGAUGCCAUGCUGAUAAGGGUUAGAUUAAAGCAUCUUUAACAAACCCCUUAUUGAGAUGUUCCUGUAUCGUCCUUUAGGGGUUUCCUAAGGCAAAAGGGUUACGUUCUUAGGAAAAAUAAUCCCAGAAGGGUUCUUCGGGUGUCUCCGUAGGAGAACCCUUUCUGGUUUCAGGUAGAAAGGGUUCUCCUAUGAGGACAGCCAAAGAACCCUUCUGGGUUCUAGAUAACGCUUUUUUUGUUCUAAGAGUGAAGAUGUGAUAUUGAAUGCUAGCUUUUGGACCGUACCAAGGGGAACAGCAUGUAAAUGUGACAGACACAUGGAUUUUUGGUUAUAAGGUUUUCAAUAUUUCUACUAAUAUUUCAUACAGGGUGCUGGCCAGAGACAAAACAGUAGCUAGGCGCCUAAACAUAGUCUUUCAAAGUGCUUCACCAAAUGUUAACAGUCAACACACUCACAUUCAACGUAAUGGUGACUGUAUUCGCUUUGCCAUCGAGGAAUUUAUCCUCCAACUAUAUCUGUCGUGCAGUAUCUGUUCAAUCGGAUUAGAUGACGUGGCCUUUUAAAAUAAAAAAUCAGAAUCAGAUACAUUUUCAUGGUACAUGUAUGAUACUUUGAUCAUACUUGUAUCAUACUUGAUAGUGACGUGGAGAGAGAUAGGCAAUGUCAUAACGUCAGACUUUGGAACUUUGUGUUCCGGGGAAAAAAUAUACAAAAGAAAAAAGAGAGAGUGAAAAAAGGGGAAAGGGAGAACAAGAGAGAGAGAAACCGUAGUGUCAUUGAACCAGAGGUGGAGGGGGAGAGAAAGAGAUAGAUAGAUAGAUAGAUAGAUAGACAGACAGAUAGAUAGAUAGAUAGAUAGAUAGAUAGAUAGAUAGAUAGAUAGAUAGAUAGACAGACAGACAGACAGAUAGAUAGAUAGAUAGAUAGAUAGAUAGAUAGAUAGAUAGAUAGAUAGAUAGAUAGAUAGUGAAAAGGG